AAUUUCUUUCAAACCAGUCGUGUUAUCUCUUUCAUCACCAUGGCGGCUAAGUGGGUUGAUCUCCUCCGAAUGCGCGUUGGUGGAUCUCCAUCGGUCGAACAAGCCAUCACACGUCCCAACAUCAGCUUUCUCCAAACCCCAGCUGGUCCAAUUCGCAUACGGGAUAGCGGAGGUCAAGCCUCGAGUGUCAUAUUUGCCUGCGAUGGCCCAAAUGUUCUUGAGAAUUACGAUGCCGUCUUUGAGUUACUGUCGCCAUCACACCGUCUGAUCUGCCUCGAAAUGCCCGGGUUUGGAUUCUCAUGGCCAAGUUCUAGUUUCGACUUUUCUCUGCAGCAGUACGCUGCAAUUGUUGCACACGCCAUAGUCACGCUACGUGCAGGGCCAGUCACGCUGAUGUUUCCUUGUGCUUGGAGCUACGUCGCGUUCCUGCUGGCCACUGACCAGCCGUCGCUGGUGGACCGUCUCGUUGUAUCGCAGUGCCCGCAUUGGGAUGGGGAACAGGCUUGGUCAACUCGCAUGGGUAUGAACAGUGGCUUGAUAGGAACUCCUAUCAUAGGGCAACUAUUCCUUGCCGUAGCCUCGCAGAGAGUAUCCGACAUGUGGUACAACAACGCUUUACCCCCAGGAAAACCUACUAACGGCUUCGCUAACCCAGCUCGAAAGGUGUUAUCAAGUGGAGGUAUCUUUUACCUUGCGUCUUUAGCCCAAACGUGGGCCCAGGCCAAGAAUCUUUCUUUUCAAGUCACUCAGCCGGCGGUGGUGAUGUGGGGCGGAUCAGAUCGGACCCAUCGAAGGAGCAACCCAAACUCGGUCUUGGAAUACCUGCAGAGUGGAAAGAUAUUGGUCUUCCCCCAAGCCGGCCACUUUCCGGAGCUCGAAGAUCCAGAAAGGUUGAAAAGCCUGCUGGAGGACGAAGAAUUGUGGAAUAGUCUCAGAUUUCACCAUAGAGGUCGAGCUACUGAAGUUAAACACCGUGUUGCAGAAGACAUGAAACUUGAUAGAAGCUCUACUAUUAAUGUUGGUGAUAAUGAUAGAGAACACCAGGGGCAGCUUAGAGAGCGGCGAAACCCUCCUAAUAGCCAUUUAUGAAAGCUCCACAGAGUUCAGUCACAUUCAUAAUUAGUCAUUAGCUAUGAG